CACAUGGAGCGUGGGCCGAGAGAUUAGUCAGGUGGUAGGUUAAUCUAAUGUUUUCUGAACACAGCAGUCGAUACAAGCACACAAAGAGUUCAUCGUCUAGAUAAUGAGCCCGGUGUUUUGUCUGAGUCCCUGUUUUCAGCCGUAAACAUACUCAAACAAGUUGUCCUCAACUAACGUAGCGCUCUUGAAUGUAACGUGAGAACGCAGUAAACAGCAUGGUGUCUGGUAGUGAACCUCAACCCGGAUACCAAGGCUGCACGCGUGUAGAGGCAUCUGGACUCUCCUGACUGAUGGGUGUGGACAAAGACGUUUCCCAUCCAUCCGACUGUGCGACUGCAGGAGAACCAAACCUUCUCCUAUUGCAGCCGAGACUCGAAGACAAUCAAGAUGGACCCGUCCGAGCAGAAGCACUUCACGGUUGUAGACUAUGUGAUAUUUGCGGUGUUGCUUGCCGCCUCCAUAGGCAUCGGGCUUUAUCAUGCUCUUGCAGGUGGGCGUCAGCGGACUACACAAGAGUUCUUGAUGGCAGACAGGAGCAUGAGAUGUCUUCCUGUUUCUCUGUCGCUCAUCGCCUCAUUCCAGUCCGCCGUGGCCAUCAUAGGGGUGCCGGCAGAAAUCUACACUCACGGUACUCAGUACUGGUUCAUUGGCUGUGCCUACGUUCUGGGCCUGCUCAUUCCUGCUCACGUUUUCAUUCCGGUGUUGUACAGACUGCGUCUCUCCAGCGCUUACCAGUAUCUUGAACUACGCUUCAGCAAGCCAGUGCGCAUCUGUGGAACUUUGACCUUCAUCUUUCAGAUGGUCAUCUAUAUGGGAGUUUGUGUUUAUACUCCUGCUUUUGCACUCAAUACAGUGACUGGAUUUGAAUUAUGGGGAGCCGUGCUGGCCACUGGACUGGUGUGCACAUUAUACACAACAAUAGGUGGUUUGAAGGCUGUCAUCUGGACAGACGUCUUUCAGACCGUUGUGAUGUUUGCAGGGCAGCUGGCCGUCAUCGUGGUGGGGGUGCAGCAGACUGGAGGAGUCACUGAGGUCUGGAGGAAAGUCUGGGAAGGAAACCGCAUAUCUGCUCUUGACCUGAACCCGGAUCCUACGGUGAGACACACCUUCUGGACUCUGGGGGUUGGCGGGGUCUUCCUCAUGCUGUCCCUGUACGGAGUGAACCAGGCCCAGGUCCAAAGAUAUCUCAGCUCGCGCACAGAGAAAGAGGCUGUUAGGUCCUGUUACAUGGUGUUUCCCUCCCUGCAGGUGGCUCUGGCUCUAAGCUGUGUAAUGGGACUGGUAAUGUUUGCACGUUACUGUGGAGAGGAUCACUCCCACAAGCUGGGUGCCUCUUCAAGCGAUGCGAUGGUGAUAUACUUUGUGAUGGACAUGCUGCAUGGUCUGCCUGGACUGCCUGGAUUGUUUCUGGCCUGCUUAUUCAGUGCAGCUCUCAGCACCAUCUCUUCUGCUUUUAACUCGUUGGCCACUGUGACGAUGGAAGACCUCAUAAAACCACAUUUCCCCGCCAUGCCAGAGGCCAGAGCUACCCUGCUGUCCAAAGCCUUAGCUAUGUCCUACGGGCUGCUGUGCCUGGCCAUGGCCUAUCUCACCCACCUCAUGGGAGAUUCAGUUCUUCAGAUGGCUUUGAAAAUCUUUGGGAUGGUCGGUGGUCCUAUUCUGGGUCUGUUUUGUCUUGGGAUGUUCUUCCCAUGGGCCAACUCCACUGGCGCAGUGGCAGGUUUGGGGGCGGGUUUGGGUCUGGCUUUCUGGCUCGGCAUCGGGAGCAUCGUCACUCGAAGCUCCAGUCCGAGACCGCUGCCACCCAACUGCAGAGCCGUCCUGCUGUCGGACAAUACGACUUCUGAAAUCCAGACAGCGCUCGUCAAUGUCACACUGAGCCGACCCACUGGACUGAAGAGAUUUUAUUCCUUGUCCUACAUGUGGUACAGUGGCUUCAACUGCUUUGCAGUCAUUCUAAUAGGCCUGAUUAUCAGCUUUCUCACAGGGCCUAUGAAAGAAGAAGAUGUGUCACCGGGCACAGUCUAUCCCUUGUUAGGGAAGUUGCUUUGCUUUCUACCCGAACACUUGAAAAAGAAGCUCUGCUGUGUGACUCCUCUGGGACAAACGCUCUCAGCACAACAAGGGCAGCCUCCACAACACAAAGAAAGCAACGGAUUGGCCUUCCCAUCACAGGAGGAGACAGACAGUUUCCUUCCUGAGGCGCACACGCCUUUUGUGGAGCGUGAAACAACCGUGUGACUGCUAAAACGUCUUUACACAAAGCACUUAGACUGAACAACUUGGGUGUAUUUUUCUAAUUUCUUAUUUUACCGCCGCUGCUUUAUGAUGAAGAGCAUAUUUUGAAUUUUGCACUAGACAACUUUCAGUCGACUCUACAGGCUGUCUUUCAUUUCUGUUGUUUCUCAUCUUCCUGUUGUCGAGUGAGUGAGUGCAGAUGAGCCCGUUAUAGCUUUACAUACAUAUCAUCAAAACUUUGAUUUGCAUGUAGCAUUUGUCAGCUUCAGGUGAACAAUGAUUCGCCUUUGUUUGGCUCGUUGAAUUCGUACGUGUAAACAAAAGAAAAAGGCAACUAUGUAUGUAAUGAACAUGAAAAUGUAUACUUGAGUGUUGUUCAGCACUACAGCAGCUGUACGAAUGUUCUUGCGUUAUACUGAGGUGAGAUGACCGUGCCUCACUUUUUAAGAAGAGAAGGUAGAAUUUUGUUUGUUUUGCGGAAACGUCCUUUUUCUAAAACGGAUUAAAGACUUUGUAGAGAAA